CGCCAGCGCGCACGGUGAUAAGGCUAGCGAUAGACUCGGUGCCGUUAACUGAGUCCGACAGACCUGCACUCCUCUCCACCCUCUCCAGUAUGGCACAGCUCUCUCCCGACGAGAUCGUCUUCAACAAGCCCAAGGUUGAACUUCACGUACACCUCGAUGGAGCCUUCAGAGUCCAGACCAUUCUCGAUGUUGCCAAGAGGCGGGGCAUCCUUCUGCCUGCAGACACAGUGGAGGAGAUGACAAACAGAAUUAUCGUCCACAAACCCGGAAGUCUCACGGCAUUUCUGGGACGAUUCGGGGAGUACAUGCACGUCAUCGCAGGCGACCGAGAGGCCAUUAGGAGGGUAGCCUAUGAGUUCGUGGAAGAUAAAGCCAGGGAGGGCGUGGUGUACGUGGAGGUCCGGUACAGUCCGCACUUCCUGGCCAAUACUCAGGUCGACCCCAUCCCCUGGAACCAGACAGAAGGCGACCUGAGCCCGGAGGAGGUGGUGCGUCUGGUGAACCAGGGCCUGCGUGAAGGGGAGAGGGAAUUCAAAACCAAAGCCAGGUCCAUUCUAUGCUGCAUGCGCCACAUGCCAAGCUGGUCCAUGGACGUGGUGGAGCUGUGUAAGAAGUACCGUGAUGAUGGAGUGGUGGCCAUUGACCUGGCAGGAGACGAAUCGCUCAACUGUGAGGCCUAUCCCGGACACAAGAACGCCUACGAGGAAGCGGAGCGCAGUGGCAUCCAUCGGACUGUUCAUGCUGGAGAGGUGGGCCCCCCCUCUGUGGUCCAGGAGGCUGUGGAGGUGCUGAAGGCUGAGAGGGUGGGGCAUGGAUACAGGACCCUGGAGGACCAGAGUCUGUACAAAAGACUACUGCACCAGAAGAUGCACUUUGAGAUGUGUCCUAUCUCCAGUAAAUUCACUGGUGCCUGCAGCUCAGACUUCACAAAGCACCCCAUCAUCACUUUUAGGGAAGAUAAGGCAAACUUCUCCCUGAACACAGAUGACCCCCUGAUCUUUAACACCAGUCUCCAUGAUGACUACAGGACCGCCAUGCAGUACAUGGGCUUCACCGAGCAGGAAUUCCAACGCCUGAACAUAUGUGCAGCCCAGUCUUGCUUCCUGCCUAUGGAGGAGAAGAAGGAGCUGGUCCAGUCUCUGUACAAAGCCUAUGGGAUGAUCCAGAGCACUGCCUUUUAAAACCAAACCUUUGAAACAUUAUAAAAGGACAGGGACUUCAACCAAAGAAAUAACACAUAUCUAUCUCCUGUUUUAUUCAGACAAAGCCUAUAGAAUAAAAUACAGAGCCCUCCACUGAUACAUACCUGAUAAAAUCCAAAAACAUGGGCUAAACCGGGACUCAACAAGGACUAGACCAGAACUAAACCAGGGCAAAACCAGGUCUAGUCUAAGGACUAUGGGUUCGCACAGAAAAUGGAUGGAUGGUAAUAUAAUAUACUCUGUUCAUAUUUUUGGUUUUAGUUGCCCAGUUUGAGUCUAAAUGUAGACUUGGUUUAGUCCUGAUGUAGAUUUGGUUUAGUGUUGUCUAGUCCUGGUUUAGUCUUGGUUUAGUCCUCAUUUUUAGUCCAGAUUUGGUUCUGUUUUUAGUCAUAAUUAAUUUCUAGUUUUGAUGAGGUGAUUGUGCAAGUGUGAACGCACCCUAGUCAGACCAGUUGGCAGUUGGGGGGGGCUACAGAAUCUACCUGCAUGAAUGAGGGAUUACACAGACAUAUUCUUUGUACUUUUUCCUUCUGGGGUCACAUUAGUCUCAUCUUAAGCAGAGGGCUCUGUAUUCACUCUGUACAAAUCAAUUCUGGUCCCCACACAUCUGUCAGAAGCAAGCCUUUAUUGGCUUAGAGACCUUGGAGAUUUCACUAUUCACUAAUCCAAUCAUUUAACAGUUACACUCCCAAUGUUCUGAGUGAGACCAUGAAGCAGGACUAAAGCAGGGCUAAAGUAGGGCUAAACCAGGACUAAACCAGGACUAAACCAGGACUAAACCAGAAUUAAACCUAGACAGAAUUAAACCAGGACUUAAUGAAUCAAAACAUGUAGCUAUAGGACUAGUAGGACUUCAUCAUGGACUAAACUCAGAUUAAAACUGGGCUAAAUCCUGGUCUCCUGCUGCAGGUGACGGUCUCAUUUUUUCCUCAAAUAAUGUACAGCACAAGGGAAUUUUGUUGUCAGUAUUUUGUACUUUUGUAUUAAGUUUACAUUAAUUUUAAAAGGCACGGCAACAGAUGAAACAAGCAAGUUCAGUGUUCAUUAAGUUCAUUUUCAGAUCCAUCUUCAAACCUUAUUCUUAUUAGUGUUUACACCCAGGGGUCAGGGACAGUCACAUAUUUGACCCCAAACUGCAACACGAACAAAAAGAUACAUUUUUAAAUAAGGUAAGUAAGUAAGGUGUGACCUAGUAGCAUGAAAUGGCAAACUUUGAUUAGAAUGAUGACAAAAAAGUCAUUUUGAAUACGGUACACUUCUUGACCCACUGAAACUGUCCCACCUCAUGCCCCUGCCUCUGGUGUAAACUGUGCAUCAAACAGAGAUGUAUUCAGUGUUCCUAGUCUGGUGCUUAAGUCCUGUGUAGUAAUAUGAGUAUAUAUGAUCUAUGGUAAUACAGCUUUAACCAAACCUUCAUUUUGCCACUAGGUGGCACUAGAGUCACCUGUACCACCACACUAGUGACUGUGAAAUGCACAAUACUUCAUUACACAUAUUUAUUACAUGUAUUUUGAGCACAUGUAUUGGUAUAAAGACACCUUGAACAAUAAAAGGCUACACUAUAA